AUGCUUUUUGCAACCAUUUUGGUUUUUAUAUCUUUUAUUACUUACAAAAUUUAUCAAACCUUAAGAAUACCCACAGGACUUAAAGAUGUACCUACGUUAAGUUAUUUUGGAUUUUUUAAAUCUAUGCUCACUAAUGAAGGUCCUGCCAAACGUUGGGAAGAUUCACGAAAUGUUCUUGAGCAAAAUGGAAUUGGAAAAUAUUGGUUCAAUGGAGAAUGGUGUGUUGUUACUACCGAUUUGGAACUUACAAAAGAUCUAAUUGCGAAAACUGAUUUGUAUCCUAAAACAUCGCUCGAAGAAUCGUUUCCUGGAUCUUUAUUGGCCAGUUACUACGGUACAAACGUAGUAUUUUCCAACGGAGAUGUUUGGAAACGUCAUCGGUAUAAUACAAAUCCUGCGUUUAAAAGUCUACCCAUGCACGUAUUUGAUGAAUCUGCUUUAAAAUUUCUGAAGGUCAUCGAAAAAGUUGAUAAUGGACCAAUAGAGAUAAAAGGUCUUAUGGAUAGAGUGACUUUAGACGUACUUGGAAAAGCCGCUUUCGGAUUUGAUUUUAACAAUCUUGAAGAUCCAACAAAUGAUUAUGUUACUACAUAUCAUGAAGUGACAGAGGAAUGUAAUAAACCAAUAUAUUUUAUUUGCCCAUUCAUUAAAUACAUCCCAUAUUUUAAUCGUACUGAAGCACGUAAAAAAGCCGCAAAGAUGAAUUAUUUAUUUAACGGCCUUAUUGAAAAGAAACGUAAAUCAAUGGAAACAGAUGAAUUGAGUAAAAAAAUAGACAAUAAUUCAGCUGAUUUAUUAGAAUGUAUGAUAAACGUUUCUAACAAUCCGAAAUAUCCCAUGUCAGACGAAGAAAUGCGACAUAAUCUUGCAAUAUUUAUGUUAGCUGGACAUGAGACUA